AUGGUCAACUCUAUUCGUGGCGCCUCAAAGGCUGCCGUCGCUGCUUUUCUGGGCGCGGCCGGUCUUGUUCAGGGACUGAGCACGGAAGAAUGGCAGGCUCAGUCCAUCUACCAAGUCAUCACGGACCGCUUCGCUCUCCCUGAUGGUGACUCCAAUGCUGCCUGCAACGACCUCGGAACCUUCUGCGGUGGCACCUGGGCCGGUAUCAAGAACCAGCUGGAUUACAUCCAGAACAUGGGCUUCACCGCGGUCUGGAUCUCGCCGAUUGUGAAAAAUAUCGAGGGAGGCACGAGUCUUGGAGACGCCUACCACGGUUUCUGGGCCCAGGACAUUUACUCCCUGAACGAGCACUUCGGCACCGAGGAUGACCUCCUUGCCCUGUCGGAGGAAAUUCACAAACGUGGCAUGUACCUGAUGAUCGACGUGGUCACCAACCAUAUGGCUUUCCCUGCCGACAUGUCAUCGUGCGACUAUACUCAGGCAACCCCAUUCAACUCUGCCUCUUACUACCACGACCCUUGCGUCAUCAACGACGAUGAUGCAGAGAGCGUGAUUAAGUGCUGGGAGGGCACCACCGGCGUGUCCCUGGCUGAUCUGCGGACUGAGGACACCAACGUCCGAGAGAUCUGGAAGAGCUGGAUUGCCGAUCUUGUCACCAAGUACAACAUCGAUGGCCUCCGUCUCGACACCACCAAGCACGUCGAGAAGGACUUCUGGGAGGAGUUCCUGGCCUCCGCCGGUGUGUUCGGUACCGGUGAGAUCCUCAACGGCGACCCAAAUACCUUCCCGUCCUGGGUUGGCGAUGUUCCUGGCUUCGUCAACUACCCUGCCUACUUCUGGCUCACCCGUGCUUUCGCAUCCAGCUCGGCCACCAUGAGCGAGCUCGUCACCGGCAUCAACGAGAUGAAGUCGCUGCUGAAGACCAGCACUUUCUCCUCUUUCCUCGAGAACCACGACAACCCCCGCUUCGCGUCGCUCACACAGGAUAUUACUCUCGCCAAGAACGCCCUCGCAUUCUCCAUGCUCAUGGACGGCAUCCCAAUCAUCUACCAAGGUCAGGAGCAAUGGCAGGAGUUCACUGGCGCCGAGGCCCCCUACAACCGUGAGCCCCUGUGGACCUCAAGCUACAACACCACGUCCGAGCUGUACACCUGGAUCUCGACCCUGAACAACGCCCGCACGUUGGCCAUCACCCAGGAUCCCACCGCAUACAUUGCCUACCAGGCAAACCCUAUCUGGAGUGAUGACCACACUGUCGCGAUGAAGAAGGCCGACGUCGUAGCUAUCACCACUAAUGUUGGAGAGGCCGGAAAUGUCGGUGCUGUCUCGCUGCCUGCCAGCUCCACCGGCUACAUUGCUGGCCAGGUUUACGUCGAUCUGCUGAGCUGCACGCAGUACACUGCAGGCACUGAUGGUGGAGUCUCCGUGACGAUGAAGGCUGACCCCAUUGUGCUCUACCCUGAGUCCAGGCUCAGCGCCAGCAACAGCACCCUAUGUGCUUAA